AUGCAACUAAUCCGUACUUCUGAAUACCAACGAUUCUUUGAGGCUAAUUUACAGGAUUGGAUUCUUGGAAACAUUCGACACCAGCAAAAGAGUCUUGACUUUGGCAUUACUUUGAGGAAUGCUUUGGACAAGGACAGGUUCAUUCAUCAUCCUAGUCCGCCCGCCAGAACGGAGGAGCAGAUCACUUGGGAGCGGCCUCCUCCUGAGUGGGGGUCGUGCUCUAUCACCCAGGCUGAUUUGAGGGGUGCUGUUGAAGGGCCAUCAUCUUUCCUAUGGCUGUCAUUGUUUCCGAUUUCCGAUUCGAUGCUCACGUAUCUGCUUUUGUACGACUGUCAGGGGGUCUCUGUACCCCGGUUGGUUUUGAAUGAAGUUUAG